AUGGGCAGACGACACGACGACGAUGAUCCGCCAAGCGACGACGAUGGCGCACAACAAGCGUCGACAAGCAGCGGAGCGGACCCGUGGCGGAAGAACCACCGGAUCGCCUUCUUCGGCGCGACAGGCAGCGCCGCGUUCUUCGAUGCGGGCUUCGCGGGCAUCGUCUUGUGGGAGAACUUCGGCGUACCAGCUUACGUCUACGGAACGGCAAUCGCAAUAAGCAUCAUCGAAGCGGUCUACAUCGUCGUCUCGGUGGUCCUGAUCGAGCGAGGAAUUGGAACGAGGUCUCGCGUCGACAUGUCGCUCGCCUUGAUGCCCAUGUGGGCCGGCUCCUUGACAAUUAACAUCGCCUUCCUCCUCGGCGCCAACGCUGGCAAGACCGAAAGUCCGACAGCCUUCAUGGCCGCCGCGGCAUUCGCCGCGCUCUCCCAGCUAUGCGGCCUCGCCCUCGCAGUGCUCGGAAUCAUGUACCACAUCGUGGAGCUGAGGGAUCCGCACCCGAAGAAGCACCACUUCAAGGAGAGGAUGAGGCGGGCGAGGGAUAGGCUGCGGAGGCAUCACAAGCGUCGGCAUCGUGAUGACUCGGAGGACGACGGAAGCGGUUCGGAGGACGACGACGGGCGGUGA